AUGUUAUCACCUGGUGCCCGCAGGCGCUUAUCGAAGGAGGAGGAUAUGCUGAAAGACUCCACAGGUGAUGAAAGAAAGCUCUUCAGAGCAUGCCCUAGGGGCCCGAAGGAAAACAGAAACUACAAGGUUUGGGAUAUAUAUUUCACACUUGGAGGAGACUCUUUGUAUGCAGGAAGGAUUCUGAAGGCGGUGAUGGAGUUUCCAGAUUGCUAUCCUCUUCAGCCGCCCACUCUCAAGUUUGUUUCGAAAAUGUUCCACCCAAAUAUCUAUGAAGAUGGAAAAAUGUGCAUAUCCAUUCUUGAGGAGGAUGCCCCUGACCCAACAGGAUAUGGGGACUCCAAAGACAAGUGGGCACCUGUUCAGAACAUCAGAACGAUUCUUCUAUCGAUCAUUGUAAUCCUCAAUGCUCCAAAUACAUCAUCUCCAGCAAAUGUCGAUGCCUCUGUGAUGCACAGGGACAAUCACGAAGAAUAUGCCAAGAAAGUCAUCAAGAUUGCUCGAGAAGAAGACGAGAAGCUUAGAAGCACAGAUCCGCAGGCCAGGGAAAUAGCAUUGGAAAUGGAAUCCGAGGAUUAG